AUGCCUCGUCCACCAUCCCUCCUUCUGCCGCCGAAUGAAGGAGGGAGACCGAAUGGAGUAUUUAAGACUCCUCCUUUAAUUUGUGAGCAAGGACCUUCGGCUCCAAGCUCACCAACAUCACCCGGCGGCCGUAAACGAUUCUUGUCGCCAUUGAAUAUUGAUUCCAUGAAUCGUGUCAAUUUGCUUACAACUGCCUAUGCUCAUGAUUUCACCAAAUUAUCUCCACUUUCUCCUUCCUCAUAUCCUACUUCCGAUUUGGGCUCAAGUCCACGUAGUUCAAUUAGCAUAACUACAUCCACUCUCAGCCCAUGGAGCUGCUAUCGUGAUCAAAAUAAGAGCAGCUUCGAUUUGGACGAUGGAUCUUCUGAUGUAUCCAGCAAAGACCUUUUGUCACCUGGUCUUAUGCUAUCUCCCGCGCCAUAUUCUCCAUUCUCUGAUUGCGAAGGAUCCGAAACACCUUUUUCAGCUUUUGCUCGUUCACCCACCGUAUCACCCAAUCCCAUAACUGGAAUGUUCAACCAUUUCACAUUCGAUCCUGUUCGUAGUUCAAGUUCCAUGUCGGGACAUAACAUGCAUCUGUUAGAUCCUUCAUGCGGCAUGGCAACCUUGGACAUCGAAUCAAGAGGACGCAGCCGAUCUGAUAGUGACAUGUCGCCAAAAGAGGAGUGCAUGGAUACUUCUCUGCUUUCAACAAUUUCCGUGCCGGCGACAACUUCCCGAUCAGCACCGGGCUCAUUCAAAAAACGCCUUUUGGUUCAAUAUCAGGAAGAGCAAGCACAGAUUAAAGCCAAAAGGAGCAGUAGCAGUCCACCUCCUAGUUGUACGGGUUCCGAGGUAGAUGAAUCAGAUUUACGUAGUGUCAGUCGGGUAAGCGAUCGCCCACUAUCGCCUUGCAAAUUCGUGAACGCUUCUCAUGAAAACGACAGACUCCCUUCAGCCGCCAUUGAACGAAUGGAACAUGAAUCGUCUACCGCAACUAUGCCACCUUCAAUUUUACAUCAGCCGCACGUCACUCCUGCGGUGUCAGCUCUAACUUCUGAGUUAGCAGCAGCAGUAGCAGCCGCAGCUGCAUCUGCGACAACCCCUCUUGAUCUCACAUUAAAAAAUACUCUACCAAUAGAAACGAUUCCACAUUGGAUUGAAUCUCAAAUGCUAGCUUGUCUACAGACCGCAUUACUACAGUCAAGUCCUAAUGCGCAUAUGUUGGCACAAGCAGGUUCACAAUCAUCAGCACGGGCAUUCCCAAUACUCAAGGGUUCGAGCUUAUCAACAGCAAUGCCUCGAACGACAAAUGCAGCACGAACAACUGAAGUUGGCCCGAUUAAAGGAAACACCUUGUGGAGACGUAGUCAAUCGGAAACGGAUGUAUCGCGCACGCAGCAGCCAAUCGCUCACAAUUUUGCGAAUGGCGUGUAUGCUUGUCCAACAUGUGGAGCAGGUUUUUCAUGUCAUGAUCGGCUGGCAAAGCACAUAGCAUCUCGCCACCGUGAUCGAAGUGCCACAGCAGCACAAGAAGAAGAAGCCAAAAUACACAAAUGUUCACAAUGCACAAAAAAGUUCACACGUAGCGAUAUGUUGACUAGGCAUAUGCGUUUGCAUACAGGCGCUAAACCAUACGAGUGCCAAGUAUGCGGACAGGUAUUUUCUCGUUCUGAUCACCUAUCGACGCAUCAACGUACUCAUACGGGAGAAAAACCCUAUCAAUGCUCCAAAUGUCCUUAUACGGCUAGUCGGCGUGAUAUGAUAACAAGACAUUUCCGAACACACGAUCUGAAGGAAGACAUUCCAAUCGGACAACUCAGCUUGUCCACCGAAUCCAUAGCACCCGUACAGCCUGUAGCCAUGCUGCCAACUUCUCCCACUUCACCUUUUGCAACAAAUUUACUUCCGACACUGGCGAAUCCAGCUUUUUAUGGCAGUUCGGGCAACAUAGAUAGCGCUAGUAGUAGCGCCGCUAGGUUGACAUUAGGCAGUGCCGGUUUACCCAGUGGAAUAGCAUCAGCAGGUCCUCCUUCUCCAAGCUUUUUGGGCUCAGGUGAAAAGUCGGCUUUUCAACCGACAACUCAAUCAUUAAAUUCGCGCUUAUUAGCGCCACCAACCCUCAUUCACUCUUUGUCCGUUCCAUCUUCUCCUAUCUUCAGCCGGCAAGCAAAUUUGUCAGCUCCCAACAUUACACGUCAGGCCAGUAUUGGCUUGUAG